AUGCAGAGAUGCGAAACCUCACGCGCCUUCACGCCGCCGGCUGCUGCCCUCCUCUAUACGCACGCUUCAACAACGGACUCUGCUACGGCUAUGCAGUCGGCACGUGUCCUUCGGUCGACGACAUAGCUACCGACCCAAUCUACAGAUACAGAAGGCACGUACCAAACAUAGAGACUCUGCGAACAGAAGUAGAAGUGUUGGAGCAUCACCUAGUGGACCUCGAUUCUCCCGUCGUAUUUUGCCACAAUGACCUGGUCUUAAACAACAUUGUAUACAACAAGACUGAAGGUAC